CUCAUUAGAGGGAGUAAGGUGUUUGAGGGUCACAAAAUCCUAAUCCAGUCAAAGAAGCAAUAUACUAGCUCUUACUGCUUAUGUUGUAGACAAGCCUCUUCUUAUGAUUAGUAUGUUGGUUGCAACCUCCUAGUCAUAGAAGAUAGAAUUAAAUACUUGCUCCAUUGGAUGCUGCAUUGAAGGUAGCGCGUAUUGGAGAUUUUAAGCAGUUUUGCUCCUGUUUUAUCAUUCCAACACUUGUCGAAGUUUGUAACUUGAAGGGGCCGUUGGCCUCCUUCACAUGCUUUCUCUAGAUUUAGGGGCUGUUUGAUAAAACUCAUUUUCAGCACUUAUCACUAAAAUUUUCAGGGCCAACGCAACAUCAUCGAGCUGAAGGGGGCCUACGAGGACCGCCAAUCAGUUAACCUCGUGAUGGAGCUUUGUGCCGGCGGGGAGCUCUUCGAUCGGAUCAUUGCCAAGGGGCAUUACUUGGAGCGGGCUAUGGCCACGCUUUGCAGGGAGAUCGUCACUGUCGUCCACUACUGCCACUCCUUGGGGGUGAUGCACCGUGACCUGAAGCUGGAAAAUUUCCUGUUCUUGAGCACGGAUGAGGAUUCACCACUCAAGGCAAUGGAUUUCAGGCUGUCGGUUUUCUUCAAGCCGGCAGUAGUGGGUCCGAAUGGAAGUGGUAAAAGCAACAUCAUAGAUGCAAUGCUCUUUGUAUCAGGGUUGACAUUGUUGGUUUAUCUAGUGCUCAAAAAACUGUCGAAUGGACUGGUUUGACAAGUUUUAGAAUCUGAUAAGACUUCACAUUGUUGACUUGGUUUGAGUCAAGGAGGUAACUUGAUAUUUUACUUUGAGAUAGGUCAGUCAUUAUCUAAUGAUUGUUGCAUGCCACUAUAAAGGUAGAGGAUGGAAAUUUUGGGGUCGUUCAAUCCAGCUUGAUCUUGUUGGUCUUCUAACUCUUGAGUUUGAUGAUGGUGAAGUUUUUCAGUAGAGCGAGGUAUGAAAAUCAUGAAUGAAAAUAGUAACAUUUGUUUCCUUAUAGGGUUCAAGCUGAAAUGUGUAUUUCUUUUUUAUUUUUUCCUUCUGGUCACAACUUUUGUGUUCUACCAAUCACCAAUCACCAAAACUUGGACAGUGCAGGCGUUUCUGUUCCCUUUUAGGAGAUAAUUGAUAUGGUAAGAC